GCUCGAAUAUUAUGAGAAGAGGAAGGCUCACAUGAUAAAUAUACUAGAAGCCGAAGUUAUCAUGAACAAGAAUAAAGCCAGAUUUAUUAAAAUGAGGGCUGAUAAUAGUCUUAAAUUUGAAGGCCUUUCGCGUAUUGAGGCUAUUGAAUUAUUAGA